ACAAGAAAAGUAGAAAACCAUCGAUCCCCUGUUUACCGAAACUCCCAAAAGCAGAAAAGCAAACAACAAAUACAACUGUCAUUUCGGAACGCUGACACUUCUUUCUUUUCCUCCUCCUCUUUCGUAUUUUCAUGAUUGAGCCGUGCUAAGAUCCAACUCCAUAUCGGCGGCUUGAUGCAUUUAUGGGGAUUUUCUCCUCUCUCUGCGCCUGCUUAGAAUCCCUGAGGCCCUGCCGCACCGCCGACCAGGCCGCCGCCGCCGGCGACGCGGACGAAAUCCUCGAGGCUUUCGACCUCUUCUUCGACCUCCACUCUCUGCAGAUCGCCACCAAUUUCUUCUCCGAGCUCAACAAACUCGGUCACGGAGGAUUUGGUCCCGUUUACAAGGGGUUGAUGCCAAAUGGUCAAGAAGUAGCUGUGAAAAAGCUAUCCCUAAAUUCAAGACAGGGAGUAAGAGAAUUCACCAAUGAGGUGAAACUUUUACUGAGAAGUCAGCACAAGAACCUGGUAAUGUUAUUGGGAUGUUGCGUGGAAGGAGAGGAGAAGAUGCUUGUUUAUGAAUAUUUGCCGAAUAAAAGCCUUGAUUACUUUCUUUUUGUUAAAGAGAAGUCCACAUCCUUGGAUUGGGCAACACGGUUUCGGAUUGUUAUGGGUGUAGCUAGAGGUCUUCUCUAUCUACAUGAAGAGGCUCCAGAGAGGAUCAUCCAUAGAGACAUUAAAGCAAGUAACAUAUUGUUGGAUGAAAAGCUCAAUCCAAAAAUCUCAGACUUCGGCUUGGCAAGACUUUUUCCGGGUGAUGACACCCAUGUAAAUACAUUUAGGAUUUCUGGUACUCAUGGUUAUAUGGCCCCUGAAUACGCAAUGCGUGGAUAUUUAUCCGUGAAGACGGAUGUUUUCAGUUAUGGGGUAUUGGUUUUAGAGAUUGUUAGUGGAAGAAAGAAUCAUGAUAAGCAACUAUCUGGAGAAAAGGCAGAUCUAUUGAGCUAUACAUGGACGCUAUAUCAAGCAGGGAAAUCAUUGGAAUUGCUUGACCCGAGCCUUACCAAAUGCAAUCGCGACGAGGCAGCAAUGUGCAUUCAACUAGGAUUGUUAUGUUGUCAGGCGAACACUGCAGAUAGGCCUGACAUGAACUCUGUUCAUCUUAUGCUCUCAAGCGACUCGUUUACUUUGCCGAGACCAAGUAAACCCGGAAUUCAAGGCCGCGUAGGACGAUGGACAACUACCACUUCAUCGGCUUUGACCAAUACUAAUGCUAGUAGUGGAUAUAGUGGUGGUACAAAGGCUUCAGCUAGUGGUAGCUUAGUCGUUGAGGAAUAUUCGAGAAACUCCAUUUCUGUUUCUUCCAUUGAUGAAGGUAGAUGAAUUCCAGUUUUUUCAUGGCAACACAGCGGGGCCACGACGACAUAAGCAACAUAGGGGCACAAGGGGCGACAGACCUCCAGCGGUGGUCGGGAGAUGACAAUAGGCGAAGGGACGACCAAUGGGAGAAGAGAGGGAAAAAGAGAAAGAAAGAGAGAACAUUAAGUAUGGGUGUUCACAGAAUUCGUCAAUCUGAUUGAUCCGUAAAAUUCAAUCCAAUCCGAUAUUUUGUAUUAGAUUGAAAAAGGUUUUAGAUCGGAUACGGAUUGAGAUUUUUAUAAU